AUGAUUUCAUCUUCCGCAAUACCAUGGGGUUAUUUAGAACCGGCUAAUCCAAUCUAUCCCCGUCAGAUCUUAACAAAGUCUUCUUACAUCGUCGGACGUCAUCCAUAUGAUUGUGAUAUUACUUUGGAUUCCACUGAACUUCGACAACAUGAAUAUUUUAUUCAUUUGAGUUCCAAACAUUGCAUCAUCCAAUGUACAAACAAUGGUCAAACGGUCAUUUUUCAUGAUACAAGUAGAAAUGGUUGUUAUAUCGAUGGGGAACUUGUUAAUCAAACGAAAAUAUCGUUGGAAAAGCACGAACAUGUGAUAUCAUUGGCUGUCAAGGAAAAUCAAGUCUAUCGUUUCAUUCGUCUAUCGGGUGUAUUCAAUGCCGUUGAACUUGACGAACGUUACUUAAAAGCGAAUCUACUCGGCUCCGGCUCAUUUGCAAACGUGUACAAAGCGAUCUCAUCUGUAACGCAAGUCCGCCGUGCGAUUAAAAUUAUCAAUAAAGAUCAAUGUGAAAAACAAAUUGGUUCAGGAUUUUCCAAAUAUCUCUAUCGAGAAGUGUCAAUUCAUGGAAGUGUUGAUCAUCCGUGUAUACUUCGUCGUUUUGAGGUUUUUCAUGAGAGAUCAAAUCUGUUUGUUGAAAUGGAAUAUGCUGGCGGUGGUUCAUUAUUCGAUCGAAUGCACAAAACGUACUUAAUGACCGAAGAAGAAUGUAAAUUUAUCUUUUAUCAAAUAGCUUGCGCACUCGCUUAUCUUCAUCGACUUAAAAUCGUUCAUCGAGAUAUCAAACCAGCCAACGUUCUCCUAAUGUCCAAUGAAAGAGAAACAAUUGCAAAGCUGAGUGAUUUCGGUGUGGCAAAACAUGUCUAUGCAUCGUCAAGAUAUUUGAACACCACCAUUGCUGGUACUCAGCAAUUCAUGGCACCAGAAGUGUUAUUACAAACCGGACAUUCAACAAACGCUGAUGUAUGGUCAUUCGGUAUGACUUUGCUCAAUGCUUAUGUGGGUGACACUGUCUUUCGCUUACGAGGUAUUCGCGCGUUGAACUCAAUAUCUUAUUCAAAACGAGAACUGAAGGAAAUUCUUGUGAAAACAUUAGAGACAAAUUCAUUUGCUCGACCGGAUAUGACUCAAUUGUUUCGUUAUCCGUGGUUUCGCGAUCAGACAUGCUUUGAACGAGUUCAAAAACUUAUCUAUGAACAAACAGGUCAAUAUUUGAGAUAA